AUGCGAGUAUCUGUCAUUCAAGAUCUCAGGGAAGAUGAAAAUGAGGAUGAGGAAGGAGAAGAAAAGGUGAGUUAAACCCCAGUCUUCCUCAAGCCUGUUAUUGAGGACAGAAAUAUGGAACUGGCCCGAAAAUGCAGUGAAAUGAUAAGUGAUGUACACUAUAAAGAAGAGUUUAAAAAAUCUAAAGGCAAGUGCAUAUUUGUACCUGAUACCCCACAGCUAAAACAUGUGAAAAAUCUCAGUGCUGUUAUUUCUGAGGUGAAGUAUAAAGGAGCUGCUAAGAAAGACCUUUCCAACUCUCUUUAUCAGCAGAUGCCAGCCACAAUUGACAGUGUAUUUGCAAAAGAAUUAACACAACUUCAGAGCAAGGUUCUGUAUAAACAAAAAUACGAUGCUGAAAAAGGAACUUCAGAUUAUGCACAUAUGAAGGAACCUCCAGAUAUUAAGCAUGCCAUGGAAGUCAAUAAAUACCAGAGUGAUGUAUCCUAUAAGAAGGAUGUGCAAGAUAUUCAUAGAUACACUGAAGUGCUGAACAGACCAGACAUAAAGAUAGCAACUGGGAUAACAAAGAUAAUAAGUGAUGCUGAGUAUAAGAAAGGAAGGGGAGAGAUGAAUAAGGAGCCUGCUGUACUUGGAAGACCAGAUUUUGAACACGCUAAAGGAGUUUCAAAACUGUUAAGCCAAGUGAAAUACAAAGAGCAGUUCAGUAAGGAAAUGAAGAGCCACCAGUACAAUCCUCUUGACAAUGCUUCCUUCAAGCAAGCACAGAUUGCAUCCACCUUGGCGAGUGAUGUAAAUUACAAGAAAGAUUUGGAAAGCCUACAUGAUCCAGCCUCUGAUCUACCAAACCUGCUGUAUUUAAACCAUGCUUUAAAUAUCAGCAAAACCUUUAGCGAUUAGGAAUAUACGAAAUUAUUUAAGCAAAGCAUGGACUUCUAUCAUUUCACCCCAGAUACAACUAACCCAAUCCACCACAAAAAAACCGCAGUACUUCAAACUCAGGUCAAGUAUAAAGAAAAUUAUGAAAAAUCUAAAGGCAGAUCAUUGCUGGAGUUUGUGGAUACACCAAUGUAUCAAGUUUCAAAGGAGGCACAGAAGAUGCAAAGUGAGAAAAUGUAUCGCAAAGAUUUUGAAGAAGGGAUCAAGGGAAGACCCUCAAUGGAUUUAGACAAGACCCCAGAGUUCUUGCAUCUAAAAGAAGUCACCAAUCUUCUGAAAGAGAAAGAGUAUAGAAAAGAUUUGGAAGAAGGGAUGAAAGGAAAAGGAAUGACAGUGUUUGAAGAUACACCAGAUUUGAUUAGAGUGAAAAACGCAGCUCAAAUACUAAACGAGAAACAAUACAAGAAAGACUUGGAAACUGAAAUUAAAGGAAAGGGCAUGCAAGUUGGUCCAGAUACUCCUGAGAUAAGACGAGCCAAGAGAGCUUCAGAAAUUGCAAGCAUGAAAGAAUACAAGAAAGAUCUGGAGAAUGAAAUUAAAGGAAAAGGAAUGGAAGUGGGCAUGGAUACCCCUGAUAUACAACGAGCCAAAAGGGCUUCAGAAAUUGUGAGCCAGAAAGAAUAUAAAAAGGAUCUGGAGACUGAAAUUAAAGGAAAAGGAAUGCAAGUUGGCCCAUAUACUCCUGAAAUACAACGAGUCAAAAGGGCUUCAGAAAUAGCAAGCCAGAAAAUGUACAAAGAUGAAGCAGAGAAGAUGCUUUGUUAUUAUUCUGCUGUCCCAGACACUCCAGAGAUGGAGAGAAUAAGAAGUACUCAGAAAAACAUCAGUUCAGUGUUUUAUAAGAAGGAAGUGGGAGCUGGCACGGCUGUAAAAGAGACUCCAGAGAUUGAAAGAGUAAAGAAAAAUCAACAGAAUAUUAGUUCGAUUAAAUACAAGGAGGAAAUUCAGCAUGCAACAACUAUUUCUGAUCCACCUGAGCUAAGGAGAGUUAAGGAAAAUCAGAAGAAUAUUAGCAACGUUCAGUACAAAGAACAGCUCUGCAAAGCUACACCUGUGAGUGUCACCCCCGAGAUUGAAAGAGCCAAGAGGAAUCAGGAGAACGUCAGCAUGGUUCACUACAGAGAGCAGCCUGGAAAAGCUACUGCUGUGAGUAUCACUCCUGAGAUAGAGAGAGUCAAGAAGAAUCAAGACAAUAUCAGCUCGGUCAAGUACAGCAGUGAUCAGAGGCAGAUGAAAGGUAGACGUAGUGUGCUUCUAGACACCCCUGAGCUAAGGCAUGUCAAAGAAACACAAAACAUCAUCUCAAUGGUAAAAUACCAUGAAGAUUUUGAGAAGACAAAGGGAAGAGGCUUCACCCCAGUGGUAGAUGAUCCUGUAACAGAGCGGGUGCGGAAAAACACCCAAAUUGUGAGUGAUGCAGCAUAUAAAGGUGUGCAUCCACAUAUUGUUGAGAUGGAUAGAAGACCUGGAAUUAUUGUUGAUCUUAAAGUUUGGCGCACAGAUCCUGGCUCCAUCUUCGACAUUGAUCCUCUGGAGGACAAUAUUCAGUCUAGGAGUCUGCAUAUGCUUUCUGAAAGAGCAAGCCGUUACAGUAAGCAGUAUUUACAUUCUACCACUUUGGGAGAUUAUAAAUCAGAUGGCUCUGACACGAACCCUACCUUUUCUUACUGCAGUGAGAUAACAAGGCCAUCUGAUGAAGGAGCCCCUGUUCUCCCUGGGGCAUAUCAGCAAAGCCAGACCCAAGGAUAUGGAUACAUGCACCAGACCAGUAUGUCAUCCAUGAGGUCCAUGCAUUCACAGCCUCAUUCAGCAGGUCUGAGAACAUACAGAGCUAUGUAUGACUACAGUGCUCAAGAUGAAGAUGAAGUUUCCUUCAGGGAUGGUGAUUAUAUCAUCAAUGUGCAACCAAUUGAUGAUGGCUGGAUGUAUGGUACUGUUCAGAGAACUGGGAAAACAGGAAUGCUUCCAGCAAAUUAUAUUGAGUUUGUUAACUAAUUUUUGUCUCUAGUCCUUUGAGCUUUAUUAUGAUUUACUCAAAUUCUAACCUUUUAGAAAAAGUCAGAAGAAUCUUUUAAGAGUACAUGUUCAUUUCUUUAUCACUGCUAUAACAGUCUGCAUUCUCUCUCAGAAUCCAAUUUAGAGUCCUUUAAAGAGAAAUAAUCAACAAGAAUCUUGGAGCUUUGAAAACAGCAUUGCUUUUAGUAAUGCUCCCUCAAAAUGAAAACAUGUAUGGAAGCCUGGUGCUGCCCAUUCUAUAAAGAUUUCAGUCAAUUAGCUCUAAAGGGGAAAUGUUUUCCCUACACCUCAAAGAUAUUAUUUCUCUGUAGAGUAACAACCAUAAAAACAAUUCACAUCUUAUGGCACUCUGAAAUCACAGGAGGUUAACACACUGUGUUUGAACAGUGUGUUUAGAUAUUAGGGAGGUGUUUAAUGUUUGAGCAGUUAGCAUCCUAAUAAAAAUAAAACUGUUGAACAGGUAAUAAUUCGAAAUAAUGACAAGUAAUAUGCUAGUACAAACCAACCAGAUAACCCCCCUACUGUUUAGCAGCCUUACAAUAAGCAGGUCUAAUUUGACAGCAAAAUUUUCCUGACUUUUGCAUACCCACAUGUAUUCCUGGAUUGCCCAUUUUAUCCAGUUUUCAACAGUGACCUCUUCUAUCAGCUUUGCUUGCAUCCCAGUCCGUCAGUUAGAUCCAUACUUGGAUUCAUGAUUCUUCAAUAUCUUUUUCACAGAAAAUUCCUUGCAAAGACUAUCUAGAGUAUAAAACCUGUCAACUCUUCUGUUUCCUUCUAGUAAUACCUAGCAUUUAAAUAGAAACUUCCGUUAGGGCAAUGUACAACUACUACUUCAUGUUAGUUCCUUUACCUUCACCUGUACUGCUGUAAAUAACUAUCCCGUGUGAGGCCCCAGUGCUGUGCAGUCACACAAAGCCUGCGGUCACAUCCCUUCUCCUUACCACAGGUAACUUGCUUAAUGGCUGCUUUGCUGAUGAGCUAAUGUACCUACCCCUGCUGCAGAAAUACUUGCACCUCCAUUGAGGAGUGGGGGAGAGCUCUGGUUAUUGUAGUGCAUUUCAGCUCAAUGGCCUCUUGUUUCAGUUUCCUCCAAAAAUCUUGGUGAUCCAACAGUGGGUUGUACGCUUGCCAAAUGAUUAAUGAUGGAGAAAUAAUAUGUUUUCUUUCACUGAUUUAAUCUUUCUCAUAACUGACACUGAAGGGAAAACUAACCAAACAGAAGUCAAGCAUACUGUAUGCCAUUAUGCUUCAGUUUAGCCAUCUGUAGGAAACAUGAUGUAAAAAAUGUACAAAUAUUUUGCUGACAAACCUUUACAUAUGCUAUUUGGUGUCCUUUAACUUACAAUCAGAACUGGAGAUCCAGGUCUCAGUCUGUGAGGCUGAGGAGAGGAUCAAUUAACUGGUGACAUGGACCUGUAAGACGGACUGUGUCAGCAGGCUCGGGUCACAGGGAAAUGACUUUUGCUUUGACUGGAUGCCAGGAGAGUGCCGCGUUCCAUCCCAGGGAGAAAAUCUGGGAGGAAAUACAAGAGUGAAAGGUUCAUGUGGAAACUUAUUCAUGUGGAUACAUACAUGUAUAAGAAAGAAAAUGUUUUUGUGGAUAGUAUCAUUUGCAGUAUCUAGCCAUGUACCAGAGCAGUUAGUUUUGGAGUAGCUCACAGAAUGUUGAGCCUAUGCUGACUUUCUUCCAAUUUUUAAGGUAGAAUUAAAUACAGAAUUUAUAGACAAUUUCGUAUUUUUUGUUGCACAAAGUAACCAAACCUGCAAUAUCUAUUUAAAAAAUAAAGAAGAAAGGCAGUAUGGAUUUGUUAUGCCAACUGAAAGUUGUCAAUGCUAACAGCUGCUUGUUCUAUUUUUUCUGUAAAAUUAGGAAUUGGAAAGCCAAUGCAGUUUUUUCUAGAUGUCACUGGUGCAGGGCUGAUAUCAGCUGCCAAAUAGGGUGGAAUGACUCCAUUAAGCCCCUUUCCCCCGAAAAAAUGUCCAUACUUUCUUGUCAGCUACCUAAUUUCAAUGGUAGAGCUGACCAUGAGCAUCUGACUUGAAAGAAUCUGGUUUAAACCCAAGGAUGUGGGAUAGACAUACGCAGUCUGUACGGGUGACACCACUGUCUUGGAAAUGUUGCAUAUAGAGCUGCUCCUGCUGCAACAGAACCUUAUGCAGUACUGGUGACUUCCACAUUGAAUUAGCAAGCUUUGCAAGUCAAAUGGAUUUUUCAAAAGGCUGAUGGAAUAAGGUGAGUUAGAAGCCCUGGAACAAGCCCUCUGCUUCUGCGUUGGUUUUAAUCACCAGCCUUCAACAGCAGGGAAAAGAAUCCCAUCUUAGGAUGGGUGGUAAUUUUUUUCUGAUGAUGCUUGAGACAAAAUUGGUGAGCACUUGAUGCUAUGUUGCUCUGUUAACUGUGUAAUGCUGACAAGAAAAACAAAUUGUCAGUUUCUUAACCAAAUAUGAAUAUAAAGAAGUAUAGAGAAUAGAUCCAUUGGAUCAUGUUGCAAUUUUUAAUGACCUACAAAUAAGAAAGUCUCCACUGAUAAAUACACUAGAGUUCUUAAAAGAGAAGAUGGCUUGCAGCGUUGAACACUGCAUGUAUAGUGAAAAGUAAAUCAGAAAGUGAGCAUCUGAUGACAUUAGAGGACUAUGAUAUGCUAAACAAUAGAAAUAACAUUUCGGGUGUGAAUUUGGAACGUUCAUUAGCCUGGCAGAGCAGAUAGAGCAAUUUGCAAAAUAAAAAAGGUCAAGAAAACAAAACAGUAUAUGAAUUGUAUUUCUCUUGAGAAUGGUAUGUCAGCAGAAUCAUUAAGAUCUGAUUUAAGUUACUCAUUCAUGUCAGUCACGUUUCUAUGUUGUAUACGCUCAGUAAUUUGUGGUCAUAUGGAAUGGUUCCUGCUUUUUGAUAUAAACCAAACUUGAGUGUUGUUAUACAGGUUUGUUCUAAGCAAUGCUAACAAAGGCCCACAUUUACCAGAGUGCAAUUAUAAAAAUGGUUUUCAAUAUCUAAAAUUUGUAUGGUAGGGAAAGUAAGUGAGCAACCAAAUUGUGCUAGCACAGCUUUUAUAAGGCAUAUGUUGAAGCCUGUUACAUGCAGUGGGAUGUGAAUAGGGGUGAAUAUACUGUCUUUUCAUCUUUAAAGUAUAUAUUGUUUUUUAACACAAUGUGUUCCCUUCUCUGAACUUUCCUCCUGUAGAAAACAUUUUUUUUUCUGGGGAAAGGAAAAGACUUUUAAGGAGCCAGAUUUCCUAAGAUGUUUCGAAGUUUGGGUUGGAAGUUCAUAUAUUCCCAUUUUAAGCAUUUUAGAAAUAAAGAAGAUACAAUGUGCUGUAAUUCUUGCUAACAUGAGUAUAAAUGUAGGAAACAACAUAGAGCAUAUUCAUGCAUAUAUACAAGAACAAAUGAGUGCCUUGCUUUUCAUUACUCUUUCUUGCCUGGCUAAUCUUCAUUUUCUAAACAAAGCUACUUACAGAUACUACAGUUGUAAUUUCUCAUUAUGGAACAUUAGCAUUUAAUGUUGAUGAAACAGGGUUUUCUUGAUUAUGUUUGACAUACCAUAAACUACUUUGGAAGAUUGGGAUUUGACAGAGAAUCACCUCCCAUGGAUUAUAUUUUUGACAAAUGUGUCCCUACCGAGUGUUCCUCAGGGAUAUGGAAGGUUUCCAAUACUUGGGAAAAGUAGUAAUUCUAGGAUUUUCUUUUUGUAUAGUGACUGCAUGUCAUGUCCAAUGCAAAAGAAAUUACAAAUACAGAAGUCUUUGGCAGAAAGUAGUACAGGGUAUAAAACGUUAAAUUUGAAUUGUGUUGAUUAAUACUCCAUUUAAAAUACAGAAUAAUCUUUAGUUAGCAAAUGAUUAAUUAAUAUACUGAAACAGACAAAAGAUGCUGUUGAAAGAAGAUCUCCAAACUGAUGUGCUGGCAAAUGCAAAGUACUGUUGAGCUGUAGAAGAACAAACCAUUUUGCCAACGCUUUAGUGAUUUUCUCCAGCUGUAUGCCAUAGGAACCCCAUCUCUCCUUUUGAAAGAAAACCUAAAAGCUAUAUUUCCUGAACUGCCUGCACUACAAAAGUAUAUUCAAAGGAAUUUCAUAUGCUUCUUGUGUCUGAUCAAUAGAAUUUGCAAAUUGUACUUAAGUUGUAAUCCAGUUGUUGUUGACAUUUGUUUAAUUAUUAUUAUUUUAGGGGGGAAAAUAAGCUAUACUGUAGCAUUUCAAUCAUGUGUAUUUAAUAUUACUAUUAGAAAUUGCUAGACCAUUGGAAGACAGCACUGACUGUAUUGACAUUGAUUAGCAUGAUGUGGAAACUCUCUCAGCUGUUGGUUUUUGCAGUGUGAUAUAAAAAGCAAAAAUGAACCGCUGUGCAGUUUGGCUUAUGUUUGCUUUAAAGUGUGUAAAAUUUGAGUUAUUUUGCAAAACUGUACUGUAUUUGGGAGUAUACAGUUAUGAAGGUAACAACUGUUUUUCAAAGGACAGAUAUACUUACUCUUGGAUCAUAUGAUGUAUCAUCUUAAUUUGGCGUUUGUUAUGCAGAAAAUUAACACCAGCUAUUAAAAUAUAUUUUAGUAGAAAUGCUUUAAUUCCUUUUUCUUCCUCUACACUGUGAAUAUUUAAGCCUUGGUGGACUAGAGCAACAUCAUGCUGCCCAAAGUACUAACCUAUGCAAACUAGUUCACAUUUUAGUUGAUGUCACAGUGGAUGUAACAUAACAGUUUAUUUUGCAUAACAUUAAACAUCAUUCAAAUAAAAUGUUAAACCCAGCACUAUGUAUGUAUUAUAUUAAUAAACAAUACCCUGCAAAGCUACCAUACCCAUCCAUAUAAGCUCUCAAAGAAAGAUGCUUAUUGUUGGAACUAAAGAAGCUUUGAGUUUUCAAACUUAAGUAGAAUAUUUAGCGCUAUUAUCCUUCAGGCUUGAUCUCAGAGAAUAGUUUCCUAAACCACCAUUUUAUUUAAGAAGUGCCCUCUCCUCAUUUGCUUUCUGUCCAUGUGCCUUGGUUUGUUUAAAUAAGCAAAGGUAGUUAUGUGAAGGAGGUCUUGCUGAUUUGACCGAUACUGGUUUGCUGGUCUUCG